AUGGUGAACAAGUUAAAAUUCAUUAUAUUGACAAAUGAUAUUUGUUCAGGUAAAGAAUUUGGUGAUACAACAUUAGAUAAUUCAAAUUAUAUUAAACUUCAAGUUUCAAGUAAUAGUAUUUAUGGUAGAUUCUUAAAACGUGGUAUUGUUGAUGGUAAAACAGUGGCAGUCACCAAUGAAUUAUUAGAUUCAAAAUUAAAUUCAAUAUCAAAUGAAAAUAAUGUACAAUCAUAUAUUGGUAUUGUGGUUGGUCAAUAUGAAACCUCUGUAACUAUAGAUCCUGAUUUUUCACUUUUAUUAGAUAAUCAAGCUGUAAAUUCUAAUUCUCCAAAUUCAAUUUGCUCAUCAUCCGAAUCAUCUUUAACCAAAAGUCAACUAGCUGGUAUUAUUGUCGGUUCUAUUGUAUUUUUCAUUGUUUUAGUUAUAAUUGUUGGAAUAAUUCUCUUCUCAAAAUCAGUGCGUAUUAGAAUCAUUAUUUAUAAAAUCUUCAAAAAAUCAAAAAAGUCUUAUUGA